AUGGGUUCUGUAGAAGCGCCCUCCUUGCACCGCGCAGAGGCCCCUCUCCCCGUGUUGUCGAAACUUGGUAACCCCAACAUCCCAGAGGACCUUGAUGCAGGCAGCGCCGCCUCGAUCUGGCUCGAGUCAUUCGCUAAAUACGCAGAAUCGGGAGACAUUGACGGUGUUCUCAGUCUCCUGGUCAACUCCUCGUUCACUUCUGGAAUCUUCAAGCCUGGAGUAGCUGAUAUACCCGAACCCACCUCGUCCGAAAUCGCGGUCUACUGGCGUGACAUCCUCGCGCUCACCUGGGAUUUCAGGACGUUCGAGAGCACGCUCAACAUCAAGACGUUCCUCACCGAUAGGCUUGCAGAGGCGAAGGAUCACGAACGUCCAACUCCAGAAGGACGCUCCUCCCCAACUGCAGCGACCGUCAUCUUCACCUUCGAGACAAAAGUUGGUCUGUGCUCUGGUAUCGCCCGCCUCGUACCCUUCCCUGGUCCGAACGAGGACACGUUCGAUUGGAAGGCAUGUGCGGUGUUCACCGGCCUCGACGAUUUGAAAGGGUUCCCGGAGAAGGUUGGGUCUUUGCGUAAUCGCCAACCUAAUCACGGAAAGUGGGAAGAAGCGAGGAGGAGAGAGAUAAGCUUCGAGGGCCGCGACCCAACUGUUCUCAUCAUCGGUGGUGGACAAAGCGGAUUGGAGGUCGCUGCACGUCUGAAGGCUCUGGACAUCUCUACUUUGGUCGUUGAGAAGAACAAGAGAAUCGGGGACAACUGGAGGACGCGAUAUGAGGCGCUGUGCCUUCAUGAUCCUGUGUGGUAUGAUCACAUGCCAUACAUCCCUUUCCCACCAACAUGGCCCGUAUUUACGCCUGCAAAGAAGUUGGCCAACUGGUUGGAAUACUACGCCGAAGCGAUGGAACUGAACGUCUGGACCUCCUCGACGGUCCUUUCCGCGACUCAAGACGCUGAGACCAAGAUCUGGUCUGUCAAAGUGAAGCAAUCCGACGGAACAGAACGUGUCUUCAAGGUCAAGCACGUUGUCAUCGCCAUGGGGUUCAAAGGCGGUCGCGGCUACAUCCCAACUUAUCCAGGAAUGGAUACGUUCAAAGGCCAAAUUUUGCAUUCCACUCAGCAUGAUAGGGCGCUGGACCAUGCAGGGAAGAAGGUUCUGGUCAUUGGGUCGUGCACAUCUGCUCAUGACAUCAGCGUUGACUACGCUGAUUACGGUGUUGAUGUGACGAUGUUCCAGAGAAGCUCGACCUACGUGAUGUCGACAAAGAACGGAAUCCCGUUACUUCUUGGGAGCCUUUACUCUGAACAUGGUCCACCAAUAGAGCUCGCUGACAGGAUUAAUGCCUCCUUCCCUAACCUCUUUAUGGCCGGGAUGGCACAUCGAGUGACCAAACUUAUCGCAGAAGCUGACAAAGAGACACUCGAUGAGCUUCAUAAACGGGGGUUCAGGACCAAUGACGGCUACAAAGACUGCGGCCUAAUUCUCAUGGUUUGGACGAAGGCAGGAGGGUAUUACAUGAGUGCGCUUCUUCUCUUUUCCUCUGCGGUCGAUGGAAUUGAUCGCCGAGUCAAAGAUGUCGGUGGUAGCCAAUACAUUAUCGAUGGAAAGAUCAAGCUCAAGAACGAUUCCCAAAUCCAAUCGUUCACGCCAGACGGACUCAAGUUCGAGGACGGCAGCACACUCCCCGCCGACGUUGUUGUAUUCUGCACUGGCCUUGCCGACCCACGGCACACCAUCCGCAGCGUCUUUGGGGACGAGGUGGCGGACAAGUCGAAGCCCGUCUGGGGAAUCAAUGAAGAGGGGGAGAUAAACGGCUGCUGGCGAGAUCUGGGGUACAAAGGGAUGUGGUACAUGAUGGGAAACCUGGCGCUGUGCCGCUUUUACUCCAAGCCUCUCGCACUUCAAAUCAAGGCGAUGGAAGAAGGCGUCUUCGACGGACACCGAUACGCUGCUGCUGAGUAA